UCAAAAAUUUCCAAACUACCAAAAUGUGAUCGCAUGUUCGUCAGCAACCCGGAAGGUCCGAAGAACGGAAGCUUCAGCGCCCCCGAGUUAUCCAUCCCCAAAGGCCACUCCCGACAAUGCAUCUACACGUUCAUCGCAAGCGACAACGAGAGAGUUCAGGUCACCUUCAUGUCGUUCAAUCUCCAUGGAGCUAUUCCAGAAUGCAACCACGAGUACAUCGACCUUUACACGGAGAUCGAGGACGCUAGCAUGGAGUUGAUCCGAACGCCGUUCGGUGGUCGGUACUGCGGCAAGAACAGACCCCGGAACCGGAUAUCCAUGUACCGGACGCUGGUAAUCGCCUUCUAUACCGACGAGGAGCACGUCUCGCCGGAAGCUUUCGAAGGCUUCUACGAAUUCAUCAAUGCCUCUCAGUACAUCGUGGGUACUCCAUCCCCCGACUCAGUCUGCAACUUCACUGUCUUCAGCGACAAUAAGCGAGAGGGUGAGUUCCGCUCCCCUACCUACCCUGGCGUGUACCCCAAGAACCUGCACUGCCAAUACCGAUUCCUGGGCAGGAAAGGACAAAGAGUCAGACUCGAGUUUAUGGACUUUGACCUAGUCUUUGGUGGCGCUCACUGCCCCUUCGACUACGUGAAAGUUUACGAUGGCUCCUCCUCGAAAGCUCCCCUCAUCGGCACCCACUGCGGCCAGCAGCGGAACCUGGUCAUCUACUCUUCGGCGGAAAACGUUUCGGUUCAGUUCAUCACACUACAGAGAACGGCCGAGAGCGAAAACAGAGGAUUCUCGGGAUUCUUCGAAUUCAGCAACAGAUUCGUCAGUCUCGAUUUCAUCGGUAAAAACGAUGGAGAACAUAUUCGUGGAACAGAAUGUGAUCAGAAGAUUUUAAGCAAGAAAGAAUCUGAAGGAAAUGUCUAUUCACCAAACUAUCCGUACCCUUACCACCAGAAUACGGUGUGCAAAUACUACAUUUACGGACUGCAAGACAAUCAGGAUUUGGAAAGAGUGAGACUUGUGUUUGAGAAGUUUGAAAUUCGCAGCAAGGAUCCUGAAUGUUCCGACGGUGGUUUCUUGAGGAUAUAUGUUCAAGGACAAGAAGAGCGUCAAGCUUUAGACGAAUUUGACUUGAGCCUUUGUGGAACGAUUGUGCCAAAGCCAGUUCUAUCCGACGGACCACGUCUCGCCAUGGUCUUCAGCAGUGGCGCUACAACGGGAAAAGGCUUUAAAGCCAGAUAUAUAUUUGAAACUGAUUACAAGAUUCCUGGCACGCCAAUCCCGGAUGGCACGUGCCACUUUACCUACCUGAGCACAAGUACCCAAAGGGGGGAAUUUAACUCUCCGAGGUACCCAGCGAACUAUCCCUCCAACACCACUUGCCAAUAUAUUUUCCAAGGAGAACCAGGAACACAAGUUAAGAUCGUAUUCAAUUAUUUCAAGACGAAAACGAAGCAUGAAAUUUCAAGUACUGGAUACAAUGAAGUGUGCAUGGAAGACUGGUUGGAAAUAUAUGAAGUCCACUCAAGUGGACGGGAGAAUAAAGUGGGCCGAUAUUGCUCAAAGUCGACGCCCGGACCCAUAGUGUCCGACAGUGGCGUUCACUCUAUGAAGGUAGUUUUGCAUACCGACGGAGAGGGUGUGGCAAGCGGAUUCGUCGCCACCUAUAAUUUCAUACUGCCUAACCAAAAAUUUGAAGAAUGUGGUUUUAACAUAAGUGGACAAAAUGCUGGCGUCAUAACGAGUCCUGGCUUCCCAGAAAAAUACAAAGACAGGAGACAAGUGUGUCACUGGUACAUCAGUGCAAAGCCAAAUUCAAAAAUUUUGCUACUCUUUACCUUUUUUAGGCUAGAAGGAGAUCCUUUAGAACGUGGAUGUCCGGGUGCUGUUGUACGCGUAUGGAGGGAUUUGAGCCAACCACCUAUAGAGUUAUGUGGCAUGGAAAUUAGUAAUGACACUUUAGAAACCAUAUCUAACACCAGUGUCCUGAAAUUGUCAUUUGCAACAGCUGAAAAGGCCAUUGGUGCAGAGGGUUUCAAAGCUGUGUGGACCGAAAUAACAGAAAGCGUAGAGUGUGACCAGUUCAAAUGCAAAGAAAGUGGUUACUGCAUAGCAAGCGAACUAAAAUGCAACAGGGAGCCUAAUUGUGGUUGGAGUGACAGAAGCGAUGAAGAAGAUUGUGAAAAGCUACCGCAAGUUAAUGUCUAUAUGAUUGUUGGUUUGACAAUGGGGAUUGCUUUCACAAUCUUCUUAACUAUUUGCUUGGUUUGCCACCGAAAAAGGAAGCGACGGCGGCACCAUCAUCACCACCAUCACCACCACCAUCCGCCGCCGCCCUUCGAACCUCGACUCAAAGCUCCCAGAGAAGUCCCCCCGAUGAAUUUCAUGUCCAUGGACAGCGUAUGA